AUGUCUAUUCAGAAAAUGACUCAAGAUUUCAUGAAGCUUGACUGGUUUGAUGGCGGUAAUUUCCGUCGUUGGCAAAAGAAGAUGCAUUUUUUGCUCACCACUCUCAAAGUGGUCUAUGUGCUGAUUACUUCCUAUCCAGUGGGGCAAGAAGAUAAGACUUUGGAGCAAACCCGUACCAGAACCAAAUGGGAGAAUGACGACUACAUUUGCCAAGGACACAUUCUGAAUGCGCUGUCAGACUCUCUAUUCGAUGUGUAUGAACAUCUGGAAAUGGAAAAGCAACUUUGGGACAUACUACAGUCAAAGUACCUCACCGAGGAUGCCACCAAGAAACUGCCAUCUUCUUGGAAGGAUUUUAAGAAAACUCUGAAACACAAAAAGGAAGAUCUAACUUUAAAGGAAUUGGCUCAACACCUCCAAGUUGAGGAAGAGUCAAAACUUCUUGAAAGUAAAGAAAACCAAUUGGCUCAGACUUCCAAGAUUCAUAUGGUGGAUGAUGGUAAGAGGUUCAACAAAAAGAAGCGUAAGCGUGAACCCCAACCCGAGAAAAAUGCUAAGAAGCCGAAAGGCGCUUGCUGGCAUUGUGGCAAGCCAGGGCACUUCAGAAAUGAAUGCCGGUCAUACAAGAAGAUGCCAGAAGCAUCAAAUGCCAAGAACAAGUUCGUGCUGUUGUAUCCGAGGUGA